CCUGCCCUGAUUGCCUUGUAUUCAUCUGUCUAUUGACGUGUAGAGAGCAGAUGGAGGCAGAGAGACUGAUCUGAUCUCUAGUCCUCAGAGGUCAAUCUCGCUACAGUUACAGCCACUUGUUGCCAAAUCGCUCAGAGACCGCGAACGCGCCGCGAAACCGUUUUCACAUAGCAACUAUUUCAUUGCGUCCGCGACACACAUCUAGAUGUUGAGACGGGAAUACAACCACUUCUGACUUUGUUUGGGGGAAAGGUCACUUUUGAGCAAAUUCGUCGCAGUUGACGGGAGAAGCAUGGUUGACAACGCGAGCAUAGCAACUAAAUCUGCACUGCAAGACGCUUUCUCGCCGGCAAAUACGCUUCCUCUGCUGGUCAGCUCCUCCGGCGCUCACAGUCAGUCCAGCGGCGGCGGUGGAAUGAAGCUUGAAGCGGUCAUGGAGAACCUCCAGCGGCAGCAGGCGGCUCGCCUCGCUCUGGAGGAAAAGCUCCGGCAAGCCGAGAAAGAGAAAGACAUCAGGGCUAUGGUGGAGUCCCAGAUCCAACAACAAGCUCUCGCUUUCCGCCACUAUCAAGCAGCUGUCAGAGGCGCGUUCGCCGGGGGAGCCCCGAAAUCGCCCAUGGCGAGCUUAGGGCACCCGGCUGAGCGCAUAGCCGACUCCGACAUCGAUGACGAUGAUGACCCAGAUCUGGACCGCGGUAUGGAUGAUGAGGAUCGAGACCUGGAAGAGGAGGACAGUAUGAACGAAGGUGGUGGGGAUGAAGAUUUAGAAGGACCCCUUGCUCAUUACCCACCACGUCACGCUCUUUAUCCCGGUUUGGGACCAUCUCCAAAAAGUACCCCGGUACAUCUGUCCAGAGUCCAACCUCCGUAUCCAGCUCCGAGACAGACCGAAUCGCCUAAUGGUUUGGCACCGCAAGCACAAUCGCAGCACCACGAAUGGACUUAUGAGGAGCAGUUCAAACAGUCAGGGCACUGCAGCGGGCAGGAGAGGAAGCUGAAAGAUUCAGGCGUUGCGUUCUGUGGUGGUGGCUCUUCGUCUCUCAUUCAGGAGCUGUACGAACUAGACGAUGACGAGAAAAGAAAAGAGUUUCUUGAUGACCUCUUCAGUUUCAUGCAGAAAAGAGGGACUCCUGUGAAUCGGAUUCCUAUCAUGGCCAAGCAGGUGUUGGAUCUCUACACACUCUACAAGCUUGUCACAGAAAAAGGCGGCUUAGUGGAAGUCAUCAAUAAGAAAAUAUGGCGGGAGAUUACCAAAGGCCUGAACCUUCCUACCUCCAUCACCAGUGCGGCUUUCACCCUCCGAACGCAGUAUAUGAAGUACCUCUAUCCUUAUGAAUGUGAAAAGCGGGGACUGAGCUCUCCCGAGGAGCUGCAGGCAGCUAUUGACAGCAACCGACGUGAAGGGCGGAGACAGAGUUAUGGCUCCACCCUCUUCAACUACUCCCCCGUUGGCACCCCUACAUUGCUGGCUUCGCCCAAACUCCAGAUGCCCCACAUCAGCAUGUCCAUUCCUAAUGGUGGGCACAUGACUCAGACCCCUGUUAUAAAGAAAGAAGACUCUAUGCUCUCCAACUGCCUGACUAACAGGAUGGGCAUCCCUAUGUCUUUGGUCGGCCACCACAAUGCAGCCCAAGCCGCCGCGGCCCAGGCUGCAGCCGCAGCUGUGCAGGCAGCUGCAUUGGAGCAACUGCGGGAGAAGCUGGAGUCUGGAGAACCACCCGAAAAGAAGAUGAUGCUUAUGGCAGAGGAGCAGCAGAGAAUAAUGCAGCACGCACUGCAGCAGAAUAUCUUCGCUAUGGCAUCCCAACUACCCAUGAAUAUCAAACUGAACAACAGAGAUGAUAGACAAGAGACUGCAUUGAACCUGUCUACCAACGGCAUUAGCAGCAUCAACAUGUCAAUAGAAAUAAAUGGGGUUGUCUACACAGGGGUCUUGUUUGCCCGUAAACCAGCCAUUGGUUUCAUUCCUGGCAGUCAGCGAAUCCAUCACCAACACAGCUCUCAGGGCAAGAGCGUCAGCCCGGGCCUCAGCACCCAGAUGCAGCCUUCCUCCUCCUCCUCCUCCAGCACCUCCUCACACGGACCAGCCACCUCCCCUUGAGCCUUCCAUCUGCCCCACAACUCCUCACUCAACUCUCCCUCAUCGUCAGAUAAGGCAGGGUCUCAUCCUGUCGGACCAGUUUUCCCUCUGUCUUCUUCAGUGUACACUUUCUACUGUUUUUCUAACCCUCCCCUAUCCCUGCAAUCAGGAUAGGAGUGUCCAAAAAAAAACUAACCAUUAGAACACAUUAAAAAGACAUUAUGGGUAAGCUGAGCACCAAACAUCUGAUAGCCGCACAUUUGACGUGUGUUACAUUUACAUAUGCAGCAAUUGCAGCUUUUUAUUUUGUUGUUCUGAGGACGUGUUGUUCAGUGCGGAGCAACUAAAACAUAAACUGUGUGACAAUGGCAGGAACACAAGGAACGGUGUGACAUUUCAGAGGACGAAUUGUUCCUUAUGCAUUGACGUGAGAUUCUUCACUUUGCUGCACAGAUGCUGCAGAUUUCGUAUAGGAGUCGGUGUUGAUCAACUUUACUUUUUGCAUUCUUGAAUCCAACAGCAAGAGCUACUGUCAGCUACAACCAAAGAGAAUAAGAGCAAAUUAUCAAUGGUUUAAUUUGAUUAUUUACCUUGAUGCUUUUCAGCACCGUCACGCUUAUGAUGGCAUUGCAAAAUAUCUGAAACAUGCAAUGGAGAGCCAUCAUAUUAGCUCACAUCAAUAUUUCUGAAUUUAAACAAAGCACAUGCCAUUUAUCAAAGGGCAUCAAAUGAAAAAAAAAAUGAUUUACUGUACCACUGUUUGACUUUCUGUCCAAAAGGGAUAUUUUCUGCUGUAAUAGGUCAUAUUAGAGAACUCACCUACAGAAUUUAAAUAAAAUAUGGGAGAAUCAUAAAAUUAAGUCAGAUAUGCAAGAUCAGCCAUUUUGUAGCUCGCUGUUGAAGAAAGCAGCCAGAUUAUUUCUGCUAUAUUCUCUCGUGUCUGGUUUUGGCCCUAGGCCGCGGCCAAAUAUAUUCCAUUGAUUACUGAGUUAUUUGGGGAACACUUGUCGAGAAUGUUCAACGAUUUUCCACCGCCUCAGCUCAUGUUUUAUAGCAACGAUUUUAAAACGUUUAUGAAAUGGUUUAGUAGACAGGAAAACGGGUCAAGCUGGUUAAUACAGGUAUUUUAGAAGUCGGCGGGGGUUACAUGAGCUGCAAGUUGAUCAUGGAAAAAUGGUUUAAAAAAAGAGUUUAAAAGAGUUUAACCAGAAAAGAGGAUCUUGAGAGAAGAUUACGUGCUGUAAACCGACAGAUCCAACCAUCUUUGUUGUGAAUAGAAUCCAGUUUUUGGCAAGUUACAGCAGCGCACUUGCAUUCGAGAGCUGAUCUCUCGUACUUUAUUCCAUUCUCCAUUUUGCUCACGCUCUUGUUGUGCAUCUCCUUUUCUUCUCUGGUGAGGAAAAUGGGAGGAUAUUAUUGUGUCAUUUGUUUAGACUUCUGUAGACAAUUUCAAGUUGUAUUUAUUAUUGCUUUUAAUUUCUAUCUAUCAUGUUGAAUCUUGGGCUUUCAGUGACUGUUUAGUGAAAAUCACUUUUAUUUAAAAGAAAGGAAAAGGAGAAGUCUUUACAGGCGAUACCUCAGAAUUCCUGUAAACAGAUUAUGAAUACAAGAAAUACCUCAUUUAUUUCAUUUCUAUCAUUUUAUGAUGAAGCCACUUGAAAAUGGAUGUUUUUCAACAGAUCACUGGAUUUUUUUCUAUUUUGUAUUGUUUUACCAAAGAAGGGAAUAUAUAAUGAACACACAUCUACCUCAUUUGUUAUAGACUGUGCCAACCACACGAUCACAGCAGCCAGUUUUUUGAUAAUAGCCUUUCUGCUCCAAAAUCGUUUUUGUUUGCAUGACUUCUGCUGCAAAACCAGAGGCUGGACCACACAGGGCUGUAGACACACCAUUUGCAUCGCUCGUUCGUUUCUGUCUGUGGCAUUUGGUUAUGCUUGGUGGAAAAGGUAAUACCAGAAGGAUUCUAUUUUACGUAUACAACUGCUCCCGUUGAUUUAUUUUUGAGGUUUUGUAAAUGAGAUCAUGAAUCAGAUCUGAAAUACGCCUCAAUAUAUCUUCUGCAAUGUAUCGAAGUUAAGCUGCAGCUAUUGGCAUUUUUAGUUAAUUGUUUCGGCUACCAUCACGGUCCGCAGCCUUUGGAUGUUCUAUUGACGCUAGUCUUUGAUUCACUCAUCAUUUCUAUUCACAACAUAAUGUGGUUUUCACCAAAUAUAUAGCCUAAACCAAAACUAACGAAAAAAUGUAUAUCUUCUUUUGUACAUUCUCUUAGACGCAAUGUGAAUGUGGAAACAUGCUCUUGUGAUUGAACUUUUUUAAAAAUACCAAAGAUCUGGGUUGACCAUAUUUUGGGGUUCAUCAUUAUACGCCCUAGCGUUGUCAUCGUGUCAACCCGAACUUUUAAUGUCAAGCAGCAGAGAAGUUUUUAUUCCUUCCCUGCUGUGGCAAAACUUGAUAUUAAGCACUUGGAUCAAACUGUUUUCAAAGAAAAGGCCAAGUUUGUUUCUGUCCAAAUAAGGAAAUCUACGAAUGUAAUAUCAAGACGUUCAGCACAACGCAAUGCUUAAUGAAACAAGUAAACCUGAGCAUCAUUUUGUUGUUGUAUAGGUGCAAGAAUGAAUAUAUGGAAAUAUAUAGUCUAUAUUUAUGUGGAAUAACAGAGGGCACAAUCAAUGCACAAUUGUCUGAUUCCUGUUGUUCAAUGUAAUUUACCUCUUGAUCAGCACGUGAAGAGACUUUGCUCUUCACGUGGUUGUCUGUUCUCUCUUCAGUUCAUGUUACUGCAAACCAGAUCUUGGCCAAACUCUGGUGUGCUUAUUGACUGUAAAACAAAACCACGAAUCAGAUGAUUCCAUAACCAAAGCUUCUACAGACUUACUGACAACAUAGAUGACAAUGUGUGAAAGUUGUUCAUAGAGACUAUCGUUUUGAUUAAGGUUAAGAAAAAAAUAUUCACUCACGUGCUUAAAAAAAUAACAUGUUGUUUACUUUGUUUAGCUAUGUCAACGAUGCUAUGCUGGUAGAUUUUAGAUUCUAUUAUUCGCUGUGUAUAAUGCUUCUUUUCCUUUUAUUCACUUUUUGGAUAAAUCCAGUGCAUUAUGGGAAAGCUGGAUUGUGGUGCUCAGGGGUUAAAAAGGAAAAAAAACAGGUGAAAGAUUUUGUUUUGUUUGUUUGUUUUGCCAUUGACUUGUAGCAUAAUUAGUAAUAAAGUACUG